GAAGUUAUCUCUGGCCAGGUUUUUGAGCCACGAUUUCAAACUACCCAAUUUUUCAGACGCUGUCAAAUUACUCCACCAUGUCCACACAAACCAAUACGACUAUAAGCAAGGAGGUUGAUGUUGAGACACCCUUUCUUACCGGUGCGCGCAAGAGUGGGAGCAGUGUGCCGUUUUGGGCGUCUUAUAUACAGUCUCGUCCUAAUCCAACCGAGGACUUCUUCCAGCUCAUUAACGAGUACCACAAGAGCCACGGUAAUAACCGUGCUGACAUUGCCCAUGAUGUUGGAACAGGACCGGGCAACAUUGCUGCCCGACUUGCCGCCUACUUUAACAACGUCGUCGGAUCAGACGUAAACGAAGAGGUGCUGGACGCCGCUCCCUCCAUCGUCCCAGCCGAGCUGCUCAACCGCAUGACCUUUAUCCAGUCGUCAGCAGAAGCUCUUUCACAGAAAACACCAGCCCACCUCGGCGGUGAGGGAACCACUGACCUUGUUGUUGUGAGCGAAUGCAUUCCUCUCUUGGAUCAUCAAACUGCACUGAAAGAAUUUAACAGAGUGCUUCGACCUGGGGGAACACUAGCCAUUUAUUUUUAUGGCCCGGCAGUUUUCGCCGAUGGUGAUGUGGACAGAUGCAACACGGCGUAUGACAAGGUCGCCACUCGCAUCUGCACCUUUAAUCAGCCCAUGAAAAAUACUCCGGGAUUUCCUAUCCACCUCCGCGCCGCCGAGGCACUAGUUAGCGAGCUGGAUAACAUCCCCCUGCUUGAAGAAGACUGGGAGAGUGUACAGCGUUACAAGUGGAACUGUGACUAUUCGCUCUUGUUCAACAGCAAGGCCGGCUUUGACUUUAACUUCUCAGCUGUGGAUCGACGAGGCAAAGCAGAUGAGACUAAAACGGCCAUUGACCGCAAUUUUUGGAGUGAAGAUUGGGGUAUUGAUAAUGUCAAGGCGUAUUUGGACUCGGUGUAUCCGAACUACCGCGUCAAGGCAGGUGACGGGUAUUCCGAGAUAGAAGUUCUCUUGGAGGAGCUGAACGUCGCCAUGGGCAAGCAGAAGAGAAAAGUCACGUUUCCAGUUGUGCUUAUCCUCGCGACGAAGAGACCCGCGCUGAAUGGCAACGCCACUCCCAAUGCUAAGAAAGUCCAGUUGUCCCUGUCCCAGAAUCAUGGUGGCAGCUACGGACGUGUCAAUGACCCUGCUCCCGAGUCCAUCGAAAUGGCAAAUAAGCUGCUGCAAAAGAACCAUGACGACUAUCACAUAUUCUGGAGAGAUCUCAACGGGCACAACCACAUGGCCCAUUCCAUCCUGACUCACUUCGCAAUCGGGGCGAACCCUGCUGAGCUGCAGCGUGCUAACGACGACGGUGUCGGUGUCCAGCGCGCUCGUCCCGACGUUGACUCGGACGUGGUCAAAGGUCUAUCUGACGACAGCAAGCUUAUGGAAAUCAUGGGUGACCUCACGCAAUACAGCAAUGCGAUUGAGUUUUUCGAGCGGCAAAUCGACCUGUACGGAUGGAGAGCUGUUCUUCACAAGUAUUGCUUCACUCGUACCUCUGUUGCCGACACGAUUCUUUCUCGGAUGUACGAGGGAGCCCAUCACCCAUUCAUUCAUCUAGGCCUUGCAGUCGAGUUUGAGCUGCCUAGCAUCACGGCUGAAGCCCUCGCUCAGGCCGUGUGUCAUCCAUUCUCCGGUAUUCCAGGCUGUCUUUUACAGACCGAUGCAGAGGCUGGAGAUCUUGAUCCCAACGCUCCACACAAGCCUCUCCUGGACUUGUACAAGGAAGCUCGCGCAAACAAAGCUAUUCUGAACGGCCCUCGAUGGGAAGACGGACCUUUUAAAAUGAGAGACGGGACCCUUGGACGAUCAAAGGCGGACAUCAUCUGUCUAGCUGCCCAGUACCGCGUCAAGCCAUCCGAGCUACAACUAAGAGCCGCCGAAGUAAUCAACUGCAGCGCUUACAUCGCAGGCGCGGCACAGCGAGCCGGGAAGACCCCAAAAAUCGACUUUUUCCACAUGCACAACGUGACCAGCUCGGUCUUCCUGACUGUCCUGGUCAACGACCCCUGGAUCAGCUUGGAAAACAAGGUGAGGCUAGUAGAGUGGAAAGGCCGAACGGAUCUCUUCUGGUAUGCUGCCUGCGGCUGCCCGCAGUACAACAUUGCCGAAAUCUUCAACUACACACCCGGUCCAAGCGCUGGCAAGGGAUGGACCGAACUAUACCAUGAUAUUUGCCAGAUGAAGGACGACGGCCACGUUGCCAAGUUUGUGCGCGCGGCCAAGAGCGCAGGCGAGGUGUGUCGGAUGUUCGAGAAGCAGGAUCCGGCUGCGUUCCCCAUGACGGGAGAAGCAUGGAUUCAGCUCGCUCGCAUGACGUACGACUCGACUCUCGGCGUUGCUGAUCCUGAGAAGUGGGUUUUUGGAGCUGGAUUCCCCGAGGCUUGGGAAAAUGUACCUGCUAGAUCACAGUCGGCGGCUGUCAAGCCUAAGAUGUUUCCCUGCCCCACCAAGGAAUAUCGCAAGUCACAAUAUGACGCUAUUGAUCCUUCUUUACCAGCUCUGUCGGCAGCUGGGAAGAACAUCGUCAUCACUGGUGGCGGCUCUGGUAUCGGCGCAGCAACUGCCCUAGGAUUUGCCCAGGCCGGAGCCGCCAGUGUCAGCAUCAUUGGUCGUAGGGGCAACAUGCUCGAAUCGACCAGGAGCAAUAUCGAAUCACUGGUUCCUGGUGCUCAUAUCCACACCUACGUCUCUGAUGUCACAGAGAAGGACCAAAUCGGCGCCACAUUCAAGAAAAUUCACGACCUUGUCGGCGAGAUCCACGUCUUGAUCAACAAUGCGGGCUACAAACCUACCGUUCCGCCAACAUCGAGCGCCAUCAAGGACCUCGACGUGGAAGAGUGGUGGCGCUGCUUCGAAGUCAACAUCAAGGGCUCGUUCCUCGCCACGCAAGCCUUCCUAAAGUACAAGUCCGACGAGGCUGUGGUGCUCUACGUGACGACGGCGCUGUCCCAUUUCACCGGCUUUCCCAACAAUUCUGCCUAUAGCUCGAGCAAAGCAGGCGCUGUGAGAGUCUUCAGCACGCUCCAAGCCGAGCAUCCCGAGCUUAGAGUGAUUUGUCUACACCCAGGAGUUGUAAAUGUUGGAGGCAAAGUCAGCGGCGCAAAGCAGGCCGGCUUAGCAGACGAUGUCUCCCUCUCUGUCGGUAGCAUGGUCUGGCUCGCUAGCCCAGAAGCCGAUUUCCUCAAGGGCAAGUAUAUCUGGGCCAAUUGGGACGUUACAGAGCUAAAAGCGAGGGCAAAGGAGAUUGCCGAAAGCGAUCUAUUUACUAUGAAAUUAGGGGGUUGGCCAUUUGACAGCAAAGCUACAAAAUCCAAUCUGACAGGCAGAUAAAGGAGCCAUGGCUGAGAUGGGCCGCGGACAAUAGUAACGUGGAAGAUGCUGCGUUUAUCGUCAGUAGGGGGAUAAGAUGAAUGGAGUUCAACUUAUUAGUCUUGAUAUUACAAUCCAUCUCCCUCUUCUUACUAGCUUUUAUGAGUUAAGUCAAGAACGCUAGCCCUCUUAAAAAAGACAACCUCAAUUGUACUCGCUAGAUUGCUGCGAUGGCCAAUGUAAAG